AUGGCUUCACGAUUCUUCCCCUCGCGCCGCACGGGUCUUGCGCUCGCUGCAGGAUGCUUCCUGUUCUCUGCAUUGGCUGCUGCCAAUGUUCGCCCCGGAGAUCUGUCAGUCAGCCAGAUUGAAGAGCAGUUGCAGAAUUGUCCUCUUGUGGAAUCUCUCAAUGAACACAAACGCGCUACCACUCCGGAAACCGCCAGCCUUAUGUCGAGAAUCUUCGCCGUCCUCUUCCCAUCUACCCCGGCCGUCAACUCCCUCCUCGCGACCUUGUAUAUCUCCGGCCCUCCUAACUUCCUCCUGGCACUAUGCCCUCCCAACAUCGACCCCUCUUCUCUAUCAAUCAUGGUUGCCUUCGCCGUAGGAGGUCUUCUAGGUGACACGCUCUUCCACCUUCUCCCGGAGAUCUUCCUCGGUGAGGAUUCCCCAGACCACGUCAGUUUUGUCAUGGUCGAGCCGAACAAGAAUCUCCUCCUGGGACUUGGCAUCAUGGUCGGCUUCUUCACUUUCGUAGCAAUGGACAAGGCCCUGCGCAUCGCAACCGGCGGCCAAGGCCACGACCACUCCCACGGUCACUCCCACGAGGACUCGACCGUCGCCUCAUCUACCGGCGCCAACACCAACGGCCAAUCAGGUGAACUGAAGCAGCGCAAAUCAACCAAAUCCGCCCAGGACGAGACCAAGGACGAGGUCAUCGAAAAGGAGAUCAAUCCCAGCGUCAAGAUGGCAGGAUAUCUCAACCUUAUUGCCGAUUUCACACACAACAUCACUGACGGCCUAGCUCUCUCAUCGUCCUUCUAUGCGUCCCCCACUAUCGGCGCAACCACCACUGUCGCCGUAUUCUUCCACGAAAUCCCGCAUGAGGUCGGCGACUUCGCUCUCCUGGUGCAGUCGGGCUUCUCAAAGCGCAAGGCCAUGGGCGCCCAGUUUGUAACGGCCGUUGGGGCUUUCCUGGGUACUCUGAUUGGAAUUGCGGUGCAGGAGUUCGGCGGCCAUGGCGAUGUGCUCGAAGAUAGCACUGUCUCUGGUCUCUGGGGAACUAGUCUGUCCUGGGGUGAUAUGCUUCUGCCUUUUACUGCGGGCACCUUCCUGUACGUCGGUACGGUGGCGGUUAUCCCCGAGUUGUUGGAGACGGGUAAGGACAAGGGGGCCGAGAUCCGGAAGACUCUCACUCAGUUUUUGGCUGUCGCUGUUGGAGCGGGAAUUAUGCUUGCGAUCUCUUGGGAUUAG